AUGUCGGACGAAAAGGUCUCGGCUGUUGCCCCAGCGGCUCACGACACAGACCCCAGCAAGACCCAUCCCGAUGUUAUCGACCAUGCGCGCUCCGCAGCGAAUAAAGAACAGAACAUGACCCUCAUGCAGGGCAUAAAGCUUUAUCCCAAGGCUGUCGCAUGGAGUGUUCUUAUCUCGACAUGCAUUGUCAUGGAAGGAUUCGACAUUGUACUUGUCAACAACUUUUACGCCUUUCCCCAGUGGAACAGAAAAUACGGAACUCUUCAACCCGAUGGCUCAUAUCAAGUGUCGGCAGCAUGGCAAGCCGGCCUCAGCAAUGGUGCCAACGUCGGUUCCAUCAUCGGUCUCUUCCUCAACGGUUGGCUCUCAGAGCGCUUCGGUUAUCGAUACACAAUCAUCGGCUGUCUCAUCUGGCUCUCGGGCUGCAUCACCCUCUUCUUCACCGCCCAAAACGUCCAAAUGCUCCUCGCCGCCGAAAUCCUCUGUGGUCUGCCAUGGGGUAUCUUUCAGACCAUCUGCGUCACCUACGCCUCCGAAGUUUGCCCCAUCGCCCUCCGAGGUUACCUCACCACAUAUGUCAACUUCUGCUGGGGUCUCGGACAAGAGAUUGGUAUCGGAAUAUUACGAUCCAUGAUCAGCCGAACGGAUCAGUGGGCCUACAGAAUCCCUUACGGUCUGCAGUGGAUCUGGCCUCUACCUUUGAUCGUCGGACUUUGGCUUGCGCCUGAGAGUCCUUGGUGGCUUGUUCGCAAGGGUCGUGUUGCUGAUGCCAAGAAGAGUCUUUUGAGACUGACCAGUCUCAACCGCGAGACGGAUUUCGAUGCAGACGAGACCGUAGCUAUGAUGGUGCACACAACCGCUCUCGAGGAGAAGCUCACCACCGGAAGCUCAUAUAUCGAUUGCUUCAAGGGUGUCAACCGUCGCAGAACAGAAAUCGUCUGUAUGGUUUGGGCUAUGCAGAACCUCAGCGGAAACUCGUUUUCAAACUACUCUACCUACUUCCUCGAGCAAGCCGGUCUGUCCACCAAGCACGCCUAUUCCUUCGCUCUUGGACAAUAUGCCAUCAACAUGAUUGGUGUGUUUGGUGCUUGGGCAUUGAUGAGCCGGGGAAUUGGCCGUCGCACACUCUAUCUGUAUGGACUGUGCGGUCUCUGCACUGUCCUCUGCGUCCUUGGCUUCCUUGGUCUCGUCCCCGAGGCUGACCGUGAGAAGGGUGCUCUUGCGACUGGAAGUCUCAUGAUUGGAUGGGCUGUUGUUUACCAGCUUACUGUUGGUUCCGUGGCCUACUCUCUCGUUAGUGAGCUUCCUUCUCGAAGACUUCAGAUCAAGACCGUUGCUCUUGGCCGUAUCUUCUAUGGUAUUGUCGGUAUUAUCAAUGCUGUUUUGACACCUUAUAUGCUUAACCCUACCGCCUGGGACUGGAGCAACUAUACCGGAUUCUUCUGGGGUGGUAUCUGCUUCCUUUGCAUCAUCUACACCUACUUCCGCCUCCCCGAACCCAACGGCCGUACCUUUGCUGAGCUCGGUGUUUUGUUCGAGAAGGGUGUCAGCGCUCGUAAGUUCGCCACUACAAAGGUCGACGUCUUCCACGAAUCAGUCGAUGAGCAUGUUCUCGACGAGCUCAACAAGGUCGAUACAGCCACAGUUGAGACCGUGGAGAAGACGGCCGGCAAGUAG